GCUCGGGCUAAGAUGGCGGCUGGGUUCAAAACUGUGGAGCCUCUGGAGUACUACAGAAGAUUUUUGAAAGAGAACUGCCGUCCUGAUGGAAGAGAACUUGGUGAAUUCAGAACCACCACUGUCAACAUAGGUUCAAUUACUACUGCAGAUGGUUCUGCUUUAGUGAAGCUGGGAAAUACGACUGUAAUUUGUGGAAUAAAAGCGGAAUUUGCAGCUCCACCAACAGAUUCCCCUGAUAAAGGAUAUGUAGUUCCUAAUGUGGAUCUACCACCCCUGUGUUCAUCAAGAUUUCGGUCUGGACCUCCUGGGGAAGAGGCCCAAGUGGCUAGCCAGUUCAUUGCAGAUGUCAUUGAAAAUUCACAGAUAAUUCAGAAAGAGGACUUAUGUAUUUCUCAAGGAAAGCUGACUUGGGUUCUAUACUGUGAUCUCAUUUGCCUCGACUAUGAUGGAAACAUUUUGGAUGCCUGUACAUUUGCUUUGUUAGCUGCUUUAAAAAAUGUACAGCUGCCUGAAGUUACUAUAAAUGAAGAAACUGCUUUAGCAGAAGUUAAUUUAAAGAAGAAAAGUCAUUUGAAUAUUAGAAGUUACCCAGUUGCAACUUCCUUUGCCAUAUUUGAUGAUACUUUACUUAUAGUUGACCCUACUGGAGAGGAGGAGCAUCUGGCAACUGGAACCUUGACUAUAGUAAUGGAUGAGAGAGGCAAGCUAGACUGUCUUCACAAACCAGGUGGAAGUGGGCUGACAGGCACUAAACUUCAGGACUGUAUGAACCGAGCCAUGACAAGACACAAAGAAGUAAAAAAACUGAUGGAUGAAGUAUUUCAGAGUAUGAAACCUAAUUAAAACCACAUUUUCAACACAUAUUUAUAAAAAUUAUAUUUGUUAGCAUUGUGCACAGACCUUUUAUAUGAAAUAAAUAUCAAGCUACAUUCUUCUGAAAGAAGUUUCCAGUCACUUGUGUAUAUAUACUAUGUACAGUAAAACCUUUUCUCAAAAAAGCAAUGACUUAGGCAAACCAAUCCUAGAUGUUAAAUCAUUUACCUGUUUUUAUUUAAAAAUCACAGGUUUGUGCUUCUAUAUAAAGUUUGUACAUCUAGCAAUGUAAAAUACUGACACAUUAAAAAAACAACCAAAAAAACAAA